UGUGAACUUCACUGUUCCACCAUUAAGUUCCCAUUCACAUAUCUGAUGUUCAAUGUAAGACCUUUAAUUCUGCCCUGCAGUCCAUAUGGGUGGUGUUGCUGUCUCACAGCUCCAGUGUCCCCACUUUGAUCCUGAGCUCGGGUCAAUGUCGCUGUGGAGUUAUCCAUGUUCUCCCUGUGUGUAUGGUUUCUUCCGGGUUCUCCAGUUUCCUUCCACUGUUUGAAAGUGUGCAGGUUGGUGGAUUGGCUAAGUAGAUGUGAAUGUGUGUGCGCAUGGUGCCGUGCGAUAGACUGGCAGCCCAUCCAGGGUGAAUUCUCCCACCUUGUGCUUUGAUCGGAUGUGCACGUUGAGAUUUAGGAAACCAGAAAUGUGAAAACGUUGGCAAAUGACAUCAAACUUGUAUGACCCUUUCUUUUUGCCCUUUAUAUGGUACAUUAACUUAUGCUCACAUUUAUACUGAUGGUACACUUUGUCAUGAUUAAAUUAUUUCAUGAAUGAAUACACUACAGACAUUAAAAGUAACCAUUAGUUAUGCUCUAAUGUGUCACUUUAGCAAGGAACAAAAUGCCUGUACUGAAUAUUAUAUUCCAACAGUUUGAAGAGGCUAGCAUAUAAAUAAAUCUUUUAAAUCAGUGCAAUGUGUUAUCAAUAACAGCUGCAGUGUGAAUCACUCACUUCAAUGGUCUAAUGUUAUCAAUCCUUUUUUUAAAGAAAUAGUGAAGUGCUAUGGCAACACUUAGUCUUUUGGAGGACAUGGUGCAUUAUGCAGAGUUGAUUUUUCACCCAUUAUGAGUGGAUACCAGCUACUAAGGGCCAUCACUUUGAAUAAUUUUACCAGAACAAUUAACCAGCCACUAGUAUUAGUCUGGAUUGUGGGUUCUCAAAAAAAGGAUUUGAUAAUAUUUGGAUUUUCUCAGUGGAGGUGAUGCACCUGUUCACUUGUAAUUUUAAGAUCAUUUGCAAUUAAUAAACAGGCAACAGAUGGCAUGGACGUAGUAUGGAUCAUACAUAACAAUCGCACAUUGAUAUGUAAAAUGGUUUUACACACGGACCUGUAAUAGCCAGUUCCAAAGGGGGAGAUGCUGAUGGUGAUUGUGUGGCAUUGCAGAAAGAACCUGUAGAGUGUGUGUGUGUGUGUGUCUGUGUGUGUGUGUGUGUGUGUGUGUGUGUGUGUGUGUACAAGUAAAGAUGUCCGGCUUGAUGCCGCUGGUCUCUAAUUGGAGUUUACGUAUGGUUGGCUGAGUGGCACCAGAGUGAAGUGCCAGAAGGGCGCCAGGUCUAUGCUGCCCUUUUGUUAACCGCGGCGUCAGAUGGAGCGAGCGCUGAAUGAACGAAUGCUACUCAGAAGGCUACGUUGUUUUACAUCAAUCAGCAUUGUUUGGCAGUGUACUACAUGCCUUGUUGAUGAGGCAGAGAGUAUUUCAGUCUGUCUAUUUGUUUGGUAAUGGGCCAAGCCAUUAGCGGGAGCAAGUGGUGGGGCAGUCGUCUGCUGGAUUGUCUUUGUUUCUGUUUUGUGUGAAAAUGCAUUAAAGGUCACUGAAAACAUAACUAACUAAAUGGCUCACUGCGUGUUGUCCAUUUCCCCCUCAUUUGUUUCACUUGUAGGACAUUUUAGUCAAUUCUUGCCUUUCUGAUGUUGGCUUGUUUCUGAGAAUAACUGUAAAUUUGUUCGUCUAAAAUGUAUGGGGUCCAGAGAAACACUUUCACAUGGUAAUAUUCUGGCAUUGUAUAUAGUUCUGAAAACUUCCUGAACGGAACUAUUUCUUUCUCAUGCAUCUCAAUCAGUGCAAUGUUGGGAAGUAGGGCUGGCAUAAGAUAUGACAAAAAUAUCAUAUCACAAUACUUGAGGAUACACGAUGUGCGUCAUCAUAUAUAAUUUAGCUAACAAACUGUCUGCAAAACAGUAAUAAAAUAAACCAAAAAAAAAAAACAUUGACUUGAGGACCAUUUAAUUUGCAAUUAUAAAAAAAAAUAAAAAAAUAAAUAAUAAUAAUAAAUAAAUAAAAAUACAUCACCAUACUAACAAUAUCUCGGAAAAGUGUAUUGGGUAAUCAAUUAUCAUGAUAUCGAUAUUAUGGAUAUAUAAUCGCCCAGCCCUAUUAGAAAGUAGCCAAAAUAAAACAUUUCCAUGUUGUUUUGGUGACAUAUUUCAUAAAGUAGAGAUGUAAAAGUAAAAUAUUUGCAUGAAUAGUCAAUAAAAAUAGAGAUUUUUCCAGAAUGUAGGUGUAGAGGUAUCCAACAGGUUUUUCCCAUCUGCCUCACAUAUGGGUUCAUCUUUUUGUAGUGAUAUAGUAAUGUAAAUCAUCUGUUUUAUUAGUUAUCUGACCUAAAGGCCGAGCCUUCCUUGUAGAGGAAAGACAAUGCGUGGGAUUUGUGGUUGUGUUGAAAAAAGAGAUUACUAAUUAGUUUUUAUGUUAGUUAUAUUAGCAUUCAGACUCCCCAUUUCCUCCCUGUCAUAGUGGCUCAUCCCUCUUAUGAAUAUUCAGUGAAUCCGCUGCUUAAUAUGCAUGAGUGGGUGUGUGUAAGCAGAAGUGUAUUAGUGGUAUAAAAGGCAGAGAGAGAGAGAGAGAGAGAGAGAGAGUGAGAGAGACAGGGAGAGGGCAGGAAAUGACUGCACUUGCACACUUGGAUGUGUUCACACAGAGAGAACACUGCAUUGUGGAGUGAGUAUAAAUCUUCACCAGUGAGGGAGAGCGUGAGAGAGAAGCUUACAGGAAGGAGGGAGAGAGCAUACAGAGUUACUGCUCUCUUCCAGAAGGAAGGCUGGAUGGUGUGAACUCUUCAUCAUGGGAUGCAACCUCUGUACUUUACAGAAGCCGGCAGAGCGAUACAAACUACUGUAUGAAGUGUGCCGGGUAAAUGGCAAAGACCUGUCCAGUGCUACUCAUGAGCAAGCAGUAGAAGCCUUCCGCACAGCCAAAGAGCCUAUCAUGGUGCAGGUGUUGCGCAGGACGCCGAGGCCCAAACCAGCAGGACCUGAAGCAGACGCACAGCUGAUGGACAUCAGUACACAGACAGACAUCACCUUCCAGCACAUUAUGGCCCUCAGCAAGCUGCCUGCCUCAACACCUCCUGCACUUGAUCAGUACAUGCUACCUGAAGGACAUUCUCCCGGGCAUGAGUAUUUCGACCCGAAUGAUUACCUAGAGACCAUGCCGCAAGAUAUGGAAAGAGAGGAACUUGAGUAUGAGGAAGUGGAUUUGUACAGGACAAAUAUCCAGGACAAGCUGGGCUUGACUGUGUGCUAUAGGACUGAUGACGAGGAUGAAACUGGGAUAUACGUCAGCGAGAUUGAUCCAAACAGCAUUGCUGCAAGAGAUGGUCGAAUCAGGGAAGGGGACCGAAUCAUCCAGAUCAAUGGCAUAGAGGUGCAGAAUCGGGAGGAGGCGGUGUCUCUGCUCACAAGUGAAGAGAACCGCAAUGUGUGCCUGCUGGUGGCUCGGCCGGAGAUACAGCUCGACGACGGGUGGAUGGAAGAUGACAGAAAUGAUUUCCUGGAUGAUCUGCACAUGGACAUGCUCGAGCAGCAGCAUCAUCAGGCCAUGCAGUUCACUGCCAGCAUGCUCCAACAGAAGAAGCCGGUGGAGGAUGGAGGCUUGAUGGACACAGGAACACUGCUCUCGCAGCAGCAUGAAAAGGACAGUGGCGUGGGACGCACGGAUGAAAGCACCCGCAAUGAUGAGAGCUCAGAGCAGGAGAACCUCUGCGAUGACCAGACCAGUGCAUCUACCACACUGGGCAGUCACAGACGUCUGGCAUACAGUCAGGACACGCUGGGAAGCAGUGACCUUCCCUUCAGCAAUGAGUCUUUCAUCUCGGCCGACUACACCGAUGCAGAUUUCCUGGGUGACUUCCCAGCUGAUGAGUGUGAGCACUUCAGGGAGCUGUUGGAGCUUAAAUGCCAGGUGAGGAGUGGGGGUGGCUUGGGCAUAAGCUGGCCCAGUUUUGGCAUAGAUGGCGGACAAGGAUUUGGUGGUGCAGGAGAUGAUGAUGUGGACAAGGAGCUGGAGCUUCUUAACGCUGAGCUGCGUAACAUCGAACUUGAAUGCCUGAGCAUUGUGCGGGCGCACCGUACACAGCAAUUACGUGACCAGCCAUGGAUGUUGCACAAUAGUGGCUUCCGCAACUACAACACAAGUGUGGAUGCGCGUCGCCAUGAGCUGGCUGAUAUCAGCGAGCUGCCAGAGAAGUCAGACAAGGACAGCUCAAGUGCUUACAAUACAGGAGAGAGUUGCCGCAGCACACCACUUACCCUGGAGCUAUCACCGGACAACUCUUUACGCCGAGCCAGUGAAGAGCUUGCAGAAGCCAGUGCAGGAGGUACUGUAACCGGUCCCAAUACCAGAGUUUUAAGGCCCCUGCUUUCACCUGUCCAAGAGGCUUCUGGCUCAAGCAGGAGCCACACUUCUUCUCCCAAAGAGCCUGAUGCUGGCCACCAUUCUGAGGCCAAAGAACGCAAGUCGAGUCGCCUCAGCCAUCCACACUCACCCUACAAACAUGCCCAUAUCCCAGCACACGCACAGCAUUAUCAAAGUUACAUGCAGUUGAUUCAGCAGAAGUCAGCUGUAGAGUACGCACAGAGCCAGAUGAGUCUUGCCAGCAUGUGCCGGGAUCCAGUAUCGGCCGAGCCCAAAGCAGAGUGGAAGGUGAAGAUACGCAGUGAUGGUACUCGGUACAUCACCAAGAGGCCAGCACGUGACCGCCUGUUGAAGGAGCGUGCCCUGCGCAUCCGAGAGGAACGCAGUGGGGGCAUGACCACGGACGAUGACGCAGCCAGUGAGCUGAAGAUGGGCCGCUACUGGAGCAAGGAGGAGCGUAAGCAACACGCCGUACGUGCCAAAGAACAACGUCAGCGACGCGAGUUCAUGAAGCAGAGUCGCACAGACUGGCUGAAGGAGCAGAGUGGGAGUGGCACUGAUGACAAAAAAGAGGUCAACAUCAUUGAACUAAGUCACAAAAAAAUGAUGAAGAAACGCAACAAGAAGAUCUUCGAUAACUGGAUGACCAUCCAGGAACUGCUCACGCAUGGUGCAAGGUCUCCAGAUGGGACGCGAGUGUACAACUCGCUGCUGUCGGUGACCACAGUGUGAACUGGUGCUCUAGCUGCUGUACAUAGGACACUACCGAUUGGAGUAAAGUAUCCUGCCUCGUUCAAUGUGGCAAUGUUUUGUAAAUAAGGAAGGAGUCUCUUUGUUUGAAGGGGUUUUGUGAUCAGCAGUUAAGAGAAGGUAUGAUGAGAGUUUCAGAGAAUGGACUGUUAGGAGAGAAAAAUGACACAAAUGAUUUUGCAUAAUACUUUUUAUGUCACGCUUGCUUUUUGAGUAAUUAUAAAGGAACUGCUUCUUAACAUUUGGGCCUUUCUGAAAUGUUUCUGAAAAUAGUUUAAAGACCACGUCAUAACACAACCAACGGCAGCAUUUUUUAUCAGUAUUUUACUUAUGAUGCAUACAUUUUGCUUAUUUAAUGUAAUACAAUGUAUUUAGCUUCAUGGCCAACACAAUACCUUGGGAGGACAUUGUUACAGUUUUUUUUUUUUUUUUCCCGACAACAUUACAACAACAUUAUUUAAAGGUGCUAUUUAAAAUUGCAUUAUAAACAGUUUGUUACAUUGUGUUACAGUUGUUAAAUAGGUCAAGAUAACUUAAGGUGCGUACCUCCUGAGAGCAAGUUCUCCUUAUGUCAAUUUGAUGAACUGUAAAUCAGUUUGCAUUGUAAAAGGUACAUUGUGUGGAUUUUUUUUUUUUUCCUUUGAACAACAUAAAGUCCUAGUCACUAAUCUGCUGAAAUAAUCAGUUUUAAGUACAGUUCUCAAAAUCUUAGAGAAUUCUUGAGACACAGACGCAGUAUUGCAAAAAUACCUUUCAAAGUUUUAAUCACUUUGUGUGCAUCGUUGUGCAUUUAAUAUGAUUCAUAUUGUAUAUAUCUAGCAUACCAUAAAGGAUGUGAACAAAUUGGUCUUAAACAAAUUGAGUAUCAGGCUUUGCCCUUUACAAAAUGCUUUAAGGUGUAAAAUAAAUUUUUUUUUUUUUUUUUCUAAAAUACAACUCUUUUGUAUUGGACUCUAUGUAUCAAAGCGAAAUAACACAACCUAGCAAAUCCUUAGUUACCAACACAAUUUUAUGUCUUGUAAAAUGGGAGAAAUAAUAAAUUAUUGUUUUAUAUUUGAAA